AUGGUUGGUGGUGCUGGAAAGCUAAGCUUUGUGGGAGAUGAGGCCCAGAGCAAGAGAGACAUCCUGAUCCUGAAGUUCUCCAUCAAGCACGGGAUCGUCACCGAAUGGGACGACAUGGAGAAGAUCUGGCAUCACACCUUCUACAACGAGCUCCAUGUCGCUCCGGAGGAACAUCCAGUCCUACUAACAGAAACUCCUCUCAACCCCAAAGCCAACAGGGAGAAGAUGACCCAGAUCAUGUUUGAGAUGUUCAACUCUCCUGCCAUGUAUGUGGCCAACCAGGCUGUCCUGUCGAUGUACGCCUCCGGUCAUCUCACAGGUCUUGUGAUAGACUCUGGUAAUGGUGUCAGCCACACUGUGCCGAUCCGUGAAGGCUACACUCUUCCUCACACCGUCCUGUGUCUGAAUCUGGCUGGCAGAGAUCUGACAGACUACCUGAUGACGAUCCUUAUGGAGAGAGGCUACAGCUUCACUAUCACUUCUGAGCGUGAGAUUGUGCACGACAUCAAGGAGACCCUCUGCUAUGUGGCUCUGGACUUUGAGCAGGACAUGCAGAUGGCAGCUUCCUCCUCUUCCCUGGAGAAAAGCUAUGAGCUUCCUGACGGCCAAGUCAUCACCAUUGGCAACGAGCGUUUCCACUCCUCCAGCCAUCUUUCAUUGGGAAUGGAGUCUGAUGGUAUUCAUGAAACCACUUACAGCAGCAUCAUAAAGUGUGACGAGGACAUCGGCAAGGAUCUGUUCGCCAACACUGUCUUGACCGGUGGUACCACCAUGUUCCCUGGAAUCACUGACCGCAUGCAGAACAGUUAUUUAUCCUAA